AUGGCUCAAAGUAUAUUCAUCUUGGCUAAGAAGGGGUGGUUGAUGGUGGUGGUGGUGGUUGAUGUAGGCGGCGUAGAGGAGGUGGUUGUUAAAAGCGUGGAAGUUUAUGUGGGCGGCGGGGCAGGGGUGAGGGAGGUGAGGAAGCGGUGGGAGACAACAGUACUAUUGUUUUGCCAAUACAGUAUGGAUGCUAUAAAUUCCCCGAACCAGUUCAAUAUUCGGGGAGUCAGAAUCAUCGUACUAAUCCAACAAGUUCCAAUUCUGGAGUCAAUUGACAGAAUUUUUAGGAGUUUUAACUUCGGUAAUGGGUCAGGGUUACUUCAAUAUUGGGAAUGCACACCUUCUGAAUUAGAGGAUAUCGGAUGCAAUCUUAUGUUGACAGAUCAAACCUUUAUGUCAACUCCAGAUGAAGGACUUGAGGAUUACAGGAGGAGAUGUCUUGAAAAUCCUCAUCGUUUUGUUGGAUUAGAAACAAGUGUGGGCAACUGGUUAGCUGGCCGAGCAGCUCAAACUGGGAUUGCAGAUCAUCGGACAAUACAUCAUGUGCUUAAUCAAGAAGAUCAACAUUCUACAGACGUAGGAGGCAAGGGGCAGUUAGUUUUGCCUGUGUUUUAUGACCAGGGUGCUGGGAAUAAACUUGUGGGGAUUAUUGAGUUUGUCACGCCUGUACCAAAAGAAUGUUAUGUUGAAGAUUUUGAACAUAUUCAUGAUUUACUGAAGGAUGAGGGGUUAAAGUCUGAAUAUUUGGGGAAGACGAUAAAAGUCGAGUACAAUGAUAUGAUCAAGUUUACACUGCCCCUUUCAGCUAAAUUCACAGACCUGCAAAGCAAAGUGACAGAGAGAUUCACGGAUUUAGAACACCAAGAGUUUCGUGUCGAGUAUAAUGACACCGAAGGUAACCGUCUUCCAAUCGCAAGUGAUGUAGACCUCCGGGUUUGCAUGGCUGAGUCAAGUUCAAAGGGGGCCAAGUUCAUCAGAAUGUAUGUUCUUUUGAACCCAUAGAGUGAUAACAUCUUUUUUUUUCUUCUUUUGAUAUUUUGAAGUU